UCCAUCAGAAAAUCAGUGUUGCAGAAUCUUCCCACACCUUCUUCUUCUUCAUCUCGGCGUCGUGAAGAAUCGAAAAGACAGCCUGCAAGACCUUUGGAGCCUGGCAUGAUGAUGAGUGAUACCCAUGUGCUGGACAGAAUCAAUAAGGAAAUGGAGAGUCUGAGUUCAAGGAAUCGCGCUAACCAGAACCGAUCUCCAGAAGACACAGCGACGAGCUCAAGAAGUGCACCAUCUACGAAGAUACCCAAACGCGAUGCUCCCGUUGACUACGCUCAGGUUCUGUUCUCUAAUGCUCCGGUGAUAAAGAGGACGCCUCCCACAGUGGAGAAAAAGAGGAACCUUGUCAUAUCUAGCGGUCUGACGACUGAACACCCAAAUCAGCUGGUGUAUUCGAAGGCUCAUUCGUCCAGACUUGGAAUGUUCUUGGAGAAGGCCAGCGAUAAACAUAGAAGAUUGAUGAUCGAACAUGACGGGGAAUCUGAAGUGGCAUCUCCGUUGUAUGAGGUACAGUUUUCAUUUUGUCCCAUUGGAGUCAGUCAACUAUCCUUUGCAGGAUCCUGA